AUGGAGAACGCUCCAACUACGCCAAUCACUGUGCUCAAACGCCGCACCACAUGCAUAACAUCUAUCCAUAGGGCGAACUCAACAUCUAGCUCUCUUUCGAGCUUAUCAUAUCCACAGAUCCCUUCUCGCCGUUCGUCCCUUUCUGCCAGCGGGGAAUACGAUCCAAGCGAACUUGCGACAUCAACCAGAACCCCGUCUCUUAGUGAUAGCCUUUACAAUAUCGAUGUGGUGAAAAUUCGUGAGGACCAUGCAGCAGCUUCUCGAGGUAUCCGCAAGACUGGCCUUGAUGCAAAGGAAGACCCAUUUAUCGACCAGACACCACACCGCCAUGUUGGUUCUCGAAGAGGACUCACGACUCAGAGUGGAUAUCAAUUGGUGCCGCAACUGCUUGUUCGCUGGAGCUCCGGAUCUUACGGCUCUAUAGAGCCAUGUCUGUCGCCGAAGUCAGCAUCAACUUCCGGCGCAAUGGAACCACCAGCACAUUCCGUCCCACAACACAAAUCUAGAAUGGAUAGUGCCCGGGCUUUAUCAAACAUGUUGCGGCAUGGGUCAUCCGGAUUACUUUGUCCGUUGGUGCUUCCUAUUGCGUUUGCCAGCAUGAGAUCUUACGCGGGGUGGCCAUCUGUGAGCACCGAUUCGAUGUCUGUAUGGGCGUCGGUAAAUGUAUCUGCAGAUGUUGAGCCAAUUUCUCUGCCUGAGACCUCGAGCCUUGCACCCCUUGACAUUAUUAUACUUUUUGACAGCUUGCAGCAGUCUUCUGUUAGUCUUUUGACGCCAAUGGUCCUGGCAUCUUCUGUGCUUGCUUCGAAUUUGGCCAUCAGCAGUGACAGAAUAGCCGUGGCAUGUGUUGAUGGGAGUUCUAGAAACGGGUUUGAGCUAUUACUUCCGUUGGGGUUCCACUCAUUCGAAACAUUGAAGCCUGCUCUGAACGCCUUCUCCCUCCGCCAGUUGAAGAAGAAAACCAGGAGAUGCGCUGAUGCAGGUAACUCUAUUCGACAGGCAUCUCGACUCUUUUACUCUUCUUCUAGAGCAGCGUUUUGUCAUCUGGUAUUCAUUUCCGCAUGUCCUCCAGAAAAUCUGUUUAUAUCUGGCGUGGACAGGGCUAUUGGUAUUCACACAAUCUCCCCUCAGCGUUGCUUUCCUCUUGGCACAGUAGACCAUCCACUUGGCUGGCACAUUUUCUAUGAUGCUGAUGCUGAUGAUCCGCGAUCCUGCGAAGUUCAUUUCAUGCGAAAGGUCUCCAAAGUCGUUCGGCAGCUCCGUACCGGUCUCAGUCCUGGAGCCUUAUCCAACUUGAAACUGUUCGUUGAUCAGGGCUACGGAUGUUGGUUUGAGUCGGCAAUGGAAGACUGCCAUCUGGCGCGGCUACGACCAGGAGAGACCUGGAUUUUCAAAGUGAAAAUUGGUGUGCCGAUCGAGUUUUAUCGGGAAACUCAAUUGACUGAACAACCCAUGCUCAAAGAUUUGAUCAGGCAGAUCAACACUGUUCUAAAAGCAUAUUCUUCUCAGCCGGCUGCCCAGCAUGUUCUAAGUGCCCGCCUUGAGCAUCAGCACUCUUUGCUCCCAAAACCGCAUAAAAUUUCUUUGGACACUCAUUGCACCAUCUCGCGCACCCAGGGCGUACCGCCCCGUCCUUCUGGCGAUUAUCGCAAGGCUUCAGCGCUAAUGUCGUAUGAACUGGAUGAUGAUACGAUCAGUAUCAGCUUGGGAUCUGCAAGCGAACUCAGUUGA